UCCUUAGGGCUAGCUAUACUGUUGAAUUGUACGACCAACUCUCUAUAUAUAGCGCCAUUUUGUGUAAGAACAAUCCGCAGCUGGAGAGAGAGGGAAUAUGGAAAGUGAGAGUGAGGUGACGAUGAUCCCAUGUUUUGAUUUUUGCAAGGCAUUAGAAGAAGGCAGUGAGGAAUGGAAAGAGAUGAGCAAGAAAGUGAGAGAAGCAUGUGAGAGUCAUGGCUACUUCCUCUUGAUGUGUGAUGAGAUCAUCCCUGAGAGUGUACGUGAAGAGAUGUUUGAUGGUAUGAAAGAAUUGUUUGAUUUGCCUGAAGAAACAAAGCAGCAACACAUAUGUCAAAAGCCUUAUAGGGGCUACAUUGGCAAGAACUCUAUCAUUCCCCUCUGUGAAAGCUUUGGGGUCGAUGAUGCUCCUUUCUCAGCUACGGCUGAGGCCUUAUCAAACCUCAUGUGGCCUCAAGGAAACCCACAUUUCUGUGAGACACUGAAGACGAUGAGCUUAAAGAUGUUAGAAUUAAGUUUCAUCGUCAUGAAAAUGAUUGUGGAGGGUUAUGACCUUCCCCAACAUUACAUAUUGGAUGUUAAAAACAUGAAGAGUUCUAGCUAUUCACGAUUGAUCAAGUACAAAGUUCCUGAAAGCAACAAUGACUUAGAGACUGCCCUGCCGCCUCACACUGACAAUAGUGCCAUAACCAUUUUAUGCCAACAUAAAGUCCAGGGGCUCCAGGUGUUAUCCAAAAUAGGAAAAUGGAUUGAAUUGGAGAUACCCCAAGAUGGCUUUGUGGUCAUUGUUGGUGAUAUACUAAAGGCAUGGAGCAAUGGGAGGCUUCAUGCAGUCACACACAGAGUGGCAUUGAGCGGAGGCAACGAGAGGUACUCGUUUGGGCUUUUUGCAAUGCCAAAGGAAGAGAUGGACAUUGAGGUGCCCCCUGAGUUAGUCGAUGACCAAAUUCAUCCCCUUCGUUAUCGCCCAUUCAAUUAUGGAGAGUACUUCAACUACUUUGUUUCAAAUCCCAGAGAAGCUCUUGAAGUGUUUGCAUGUCUUUGAAUGAUUUAUGAUACACAUGCAAUUUAUAAAUAAGUACAUAUGUAAGGCAAAAUAUAUAAGAGAUUGAUAUAGAACUUCUAUUAUUAUUAUUAUUA